UGAGAGAAAACAUAUCUGAAUUCGUGACUUGUUGUAUGUGUGCCGGAGUGGUGUAUGUUUGCUUGUUGUUGGGGGAUUGUGUGACUUGAUUGCCUGGCAGUUUGACAAAUUUGGUUGGAACCAGUAGCGACGUGCUGCCCAGUUCGCUUGUGCUGGCAUGGCCUGGCUGGUCGGUGAGGAGAUCGAGGAGACCAGGCAGCAGGAACAAGAAAGGCAGACAGGCAGGCAAGCAACUCCAAGAUGGAUCGAUCAUCGAUGGGUAGUGAUGUUGGGACGCCGAGGGGGGGCCUGGCUCGAUCCUCGUCGGGCGUCUGGUGGAAUCUGGGCGACGGCCAUGCGUCGGAGGUGGAGCGGCGGCUGCGCGGCAUCGCCGAGGAGGAGGCCGCCGUCAGGGCCCGCAUGGAGAGGCGCCACACCGUGCGCCGCAGGAUCGCCGUCACCUCCAUGAACCUCGAGGUGGUGGCGGUGGUGUACGGCCUGUGGAAGGCCACAAGGCGUGGCUUCAGCUGCUGCAAGCUCAAGCUGCUGCUGCCUGCCGUCGCCAUACCCGCCAUGGCCACCCUGGUGCUCGCAGCCUUGGCCAGAUUCCGGAGAAGCUUGGAUGCGCGGGACCAGCAGCAUCUGGAUCGCCUCCGAACCGAACGCAAGGCAAAGAUUGGCAGCUUCAGGGGAAGCCACCACAACUUGCAGAAGCUCAUCGAGAAGUAUGAUCCCGAUAGUGGUGACGGCGGCAGCGGCGGCGGCAGCAGCAACAACAAUGAUGCGGCUACCACUACCAGGAAGCAGCAGCAGCAGCUGCUCAAGAGGACGCACUCGCGGUUGAGCUUCCAUGUGGGAGAGGGAGACGAAUGAACGAGUCCAACCAAUGCAGUUCCUUUCAUCUCUUGUACCAACGCAUGUCAUGCGUGCAUCUCUCGCUAUGAUGGAUGGAUAUGUAAACAUGAUUAUUGUUACCACUCGCCAUUCGGGCUAAUGAAUGAAUGAACGAACGAUUAAGACCUGAGAUA